AUGUGGGGACCUUCUAGAAUUGGCGCGUUCCGGCGACUGGGAACAACGGGGAAGGGGAAGACAAGCGAAGUUUACGGUGCUGACUGGCAAACCCAAGGUUGGGAAGAAACGGGUCGCCCCCCAGAGAAAAAUGCAACUGAAAAAUCCAAGGAAACCCAGCGCCCACCUCGAGGCUCCGGCGACAAGGGCGAGGGCCCCCCUCCCGAGCGCGCACCGUUGAUUCAACUGAGCCCGGCCCACAUGGCGACACAGGUCUCAUUCAAUCGGGCCAUUCACCUCGAGUUUCCACACGACCUCUUUAUUCCUGCAUCGAUGGGCUUUACGCGCUCGGAGGAUGGCUCCCUUGUCUGGCGGGUUAUACUGCCCCUACCAUUCAAAAAGGUGCCAGCGGGGAUUGGGCUACGGGUUGCCUUCCCUACCGACCGUGAUGGGCAAGCUCAAACAGAUGUUUCCCUGACAUCCCACCUUGAGCAGCUGCAAGCUGGUCACCUCAACGACCUCAAUAUCUGGGGCGAAACCGAGCGGCAACCCGCGCCUGCACAUCCAAGCUCCUUGCGAAGGGACGUUGCAAAUAAAAGUUACCCACAACGAGCGGAGCCCAAGAAGCGGACAAUGUGUGGAACACGGGGCAGUCAGAAAGUGGACACGGCAACAAGCAAGCCUACGCAGGAACUCCCCGACACCGAGUUUGAACCUACAGAGGAUAUCGUCACACCUCCUUCCCACACCUGUCCAGAGCCGAAAGGGGUGCCUCUGAAAGAGCGAGUUGGGAUCCACUAA